AUGAAUGUCCUUUUAGUCUCACAAAAAGAACAUCAAGAUAUUGAAAGAAAAGAUAAAUUUUUGUUUUUCAGGGACACUUGGGAAGCAUUACUUAGAGAUAUUAUUGAAUUGAGUCGAAAAGAUGUGGUUGGUGAUCAAUGGGUGGCUGUGAUUAGUGAAAUAAUGAAAUCAUUUCCAGAUAAAGCAACGUUUAAUUUUGAUUUAAGUGAUCAAGAAUGUGAAGGUUUCUCGGCUGGAGUGCAAGAAUUACGAAAAACAGUAAAAAAGCACAAUGAUACAACCCUUCUACCACUGGAAUCAUGUUUUUUGGGUAGAAGUGCAUUGAAAUUAUUGAUUGGUGACAUUCCAAAUCCACCCAAAUGCUUUAAUCUUGUACGAAAAGCAAAAUCUGCACGAUUGAAACAAGAACUACUAGAAAAAGGUGCACAAUGGUUGAAAAACAAAAAAGGAACUGAAUAUUCCGGUAUUACUGGCUGUCGCAGCGGAUGUCGACGACCAUUUGACGAGACCUCCACUUCUUAUCCAUCGUUCACAGCAAGUACGAGUGGUGGUAUUUCAAAAUCAAAUGUUGGCUUUUUGAAAUCAAAUCCAGUCACUAUGAAUACUGCAGCAAUAAUGGGUUCACGUUUGUCUAAUCGACGGGAAACAAAUAUAAAAAUGCUUACCCUUGAAGAACAGUCUGAUCUUAAAAAACGAAAAAAAACCACAUUGGAUGACGGAGAUAAUACAGAAAUGUCAAUAAAUAACAAAAAGACAACGAAGAAACAACAAUCACAAAAUGAACCAUCAGCAUCGUCUCAAAUACCGACGAAUGAGAACAACGCAUCCGAAAAUACUGACAAUGUACUUGAUCAUGAUUAUACCACACUCUCGUUAUCAACAACGAAAACUCCAUAUACACCGAUGAAUUUUCAAGACAUUUCGCCACCAUCCGAUACAUUAAAUCCUCCUGUCAACGAUUUUUAUAAACAAGUGAGAUUCGAACAAAAACCUUUAACAAAUUUUAAAUCAGAAUCAGAACAACAACAACUGCAACAAACAAACUUAUCACCAUCGCCUGGAAUUAGUGGUCUUAAAUUGACGCCUGAACAAAUCGAAUUUGCCAAGGAUUUAUUUCGUACAAGUACUUGUUUAUCAAGAACAGAUAAAAGUCGAAUUCUUGGAUUUAUUGCUGGAGCAAGAGAUCGUUCAUCGGAUGCCGAUAAAUCACCAGCAAAUUCGCUUGUUACAAUAAAACUAAGUGAAAAAGAGGAACUUAGCCAAGAUCCCAAUGGUGGAACACAACAAUGUUUUGCCGAAUUCUAUUUUCAAAUGAAUUAUGCCACUGGCGAAUGGCGAAGAAUAAAAAAGUUAAGACCAUUGACCUAG